AGUUGAGAACAUUUAGCAGUAGCUGCUGUGAAUGAGCUCCACCUCUGCAGGUCGAUGUGACCGGCUUUACACUGGAAAAAGGGUCCAGUGUGUCCAGGCUUCAGGAUUGUGUUACAGCGGACAACAACAUGGGGCUGCUGUCUGACCCAAACAGAAGACGGGCUUUGAUCAGCCUGCUCACUCGCCUCAAUGCCCCACUCUGUUUGGUCUGCUAUCUGGCGGGCGUGGCUUGGUUCAUGGGUUUAUCUUUUGAGCCGUUCACUUUGCGGACAUACAUGUCAGAGAAUGCCAUGGGGUCGACCAUGGUAGAGGAGCGGUUUCCAGCAGGGGAGAGGGCGCUGGCCACAGCCAGGGAGUUUGCAGCACAUAAGAAGAAAGUAGGUGGGAUGCCUGUGGAUUGGUUGGUGAAGACCAUGCAGGCUAGAGGGCUAGAAGUGUUUGCCCAGAGCUUCUCUCGCACUCUUCCCUUUCCUGAUGAAAACAAGGAGAGAUAUAUGGUGAAAGGCACUAAUGUGUAUGGGAUCCUUCGGGCACCUAGAGCUCCACGGACUGAAGCCCUAGUGCUGAGUGCUCCCUGCAGCCCGGGUGAUAACAACAACCAAGCUGUGGGACUGCUGCUUGGUUUGGCACACUACUUCAGAAAUCAGAUUUACUGGGCCAAGGACAUCAUCUUCCUUGUGAACGAGCAUGAUCUAAUUGGUAUGCAGGCCUGGCUGGAGGGCUACCACCACACCAACACCACAGGAAUGGACUGGUCUCCGCUGCAGGGCCGUGGUGGUUCAAUCCAGGCAGCUCUGUCCCUGGAGCUCAGCAGUGAUGUCAUCACCAGCUUGGACCUGGUACUGGAAGGCCUCAACGGCCAGUUACCCAACCUGGAUUUAGCCAACCUCUUCUAUGCCUUCUGCCAGAAGAUAGGAGUCCUUUGCACCAUUCAGGGCAAGCUGCAGAGGAAUGACUGGGACAGUGUAUCCGGCUACAGCCACGCAGUCCAGACCAUGAUGCUGAUGGUGAUGAAGCAGGCCAGCGGGCGGCCUUGGGGGGACCACGGCUUGUUUCUGCGCUACCACAUCGAGGCUGCCACCAUCAAGGGCAUCAACAGCUUCCGACAGUACAAGACUGACGCCACCACCAUUGGCAGGCUUCUGGAAGGAAUGUAUCGUAAGCUGAAUAACCUCCUGGAGCGCCUCCACCAGUCCUACUUCUUCUACCUCAUGCCAUCACUCUCUCACUUUGUCUCUAUUGGUUACUACAUGCCUGCCUUCGGCCUGCUUGCCGUCAUCCUGCUGCUUCGUGCCUUAGACUUGUGGGUCCAACUUGCAACUCCAGCACCCAGAACAGAAGAUGGAAUUGCUGACAUUGAGCAGCAGUCCAGUCCAGGAGUGCUGUCGGUGUUGACUCCUCUGGUGAUCAGCCACCUGACUGGAGUAGCUCUGUACACGCUGCCAAUCCGUUUUCAGGAGAUGGCCGUUGAACACUUCCCGGUGUCUGAGACUGAAGGUGUGGUGCUGACAGCUAUUGCUGUUUACACGGCAGGGCUGGCUUUGCCUCAUAAUACGCACAGGGCAUUCCUGUCAGGGGAGGGGACGGAGCAAGGCUGGAGAGUGCUGAAGCUGGUUGCGGUGCUGUACCUGGCUGUGCUGCUGGGUUGCACUGCCCUCAUCAACUUCUCCCUGGGCUUCAUCCUGGCCCUCACCCUGGUCCCUGUGGCUGCCUUUGUCACCCCCCAUGUCCCCAAGGUUCUGUCAGCCUUCAUCAUGGUCAUCCUCAGCCCAGCCUGCACUCUCCUCUUUUCCGUCUUUUUCUUCCAAGAGCUACAGGAAAUGCCUGUCAGCUUCCAGGAUGGUUGGUUGCUCUACCUGUCAGUCAUCUCGCAGGGCAUCCUGGACCACUCCCUGUAUGGCUCUCUGGUCUACCCACUCAUAGCCCUGCUGGUAUAUCCGUGCUGGCUGAUUUUCUGGAACAUCCUCUUCUGGAAGUAGAUGCCAGUCACCCAGGACGUCCGCAGGCUUUCAUGGGGAGAAAACCCCUCUGAGGUAUUCUCAGGUUUGUCUUCACCGGGGGGAAUAUGAAGAAUGACAGUUAAAUCCACUGGAGAGAAAAGAAGAGAAAUAUCUACAGGUGAUGUGGAAAGAGUGUAUUGACUCCCUUUUUUGGACAUUUUGUUGGUAUGUCAAUAUCAACUCCAAUUAUUUCAUUCUUAAAACAGAGAAAAUCAGGUCUUCUUGAUACACUCAGAAGAAUGGACUAUUUUUUACUAAACAUCUCACUUACAAAUACUUUAGUGGAACAGGGGAUGAUCUUUUCACUGGUAAUGGUAAAUGUCAUGGUUUGGUUGCUUUCUGUAAAAAAAAAAAAAAAAAGAAUUUGGUUUAAGAAUUUCUUUCUAAAGAUUUUUGUUGCCUGUGAUACAUGUGGAAAAACAUUACACUUUUUUUUUUUUUAUCAGGCAGGGUUGUAAUGAUGGAAGAAGUUUAGACUGUACCAACAUGGUUUAUUCUGAGGGUAAACAGUGAAGAGACAGAAUAAACCAAAUGGCUGGUUAAUUGUCUGUGUCCUUCAAGACUUUCAUACACGUGUAUGUGUUGAACAAGCCAUCAUUACACCCAAUAUUUUUAUACUUGUUUUGAUAACCUUCUUUGAAAUGUGUUUAUUUUCUAUUUAUAAAUGCCAAAAUAAAAGACUGGAAAAGUUUGGAGCAUGAUACUUUGCUGUACAUUACUGAACUUACACACAACCUCAACACGUAGGAAUGGAAAUUUACUUCAAAAUUUAAUUGCUCCUAUAUUUUGUCGUAAGUUAGCAAUUUGUUGUGUCACAAAUAAUAAAAAUCACAAAAAACAACACCUGGAAUGUCAGCAACACAACCAGCUGCAUUUACACAACUGAAGACUUAAACCUGCUACAAACUGUGCAAAAAAAAAAAGGUGAAGUUCAGUGAUUUAGUGAGUUUAUAGUUACACUAGCAGCUCU